AUGGAGGAGGCUCAGCGGCUGCUGACGGUGUCGGUGUGGAAGCUGUACCGGUGCCGGCUGCGCCGCGGGGGCCUCCGCCUGCACCGGAGCCUGCAGCUCUCGCUGCUCGUCCGCGCCGCCCGCCACCGAUACCUGAGCGCCCGCGCCGCCGCACAGAACCUCCCGGUACCGGCGCUUCCCGGGGCCGCGGCGUGCGGAGCGACCCCCGAGCGGGGGCACCUCCCGAGGGACCCCAACAACGCCCGGUGCCCGAACGAACCGAGCGCGGAGCACCCGAACCCGCCGAGCCCCCGGAGCGACCCCCGGAGCGACCCGAAACGGGGGAACCCCCCAAGGGACUGCACCGGGGACCACCCGAACCUGCCGAGUCCCCGGAGCGACCCCCGGAGCGACCCGAAACGGGGGAACCCCCCAAGGGACUGCACCGGGGACCACCCGAACCUGCCGACCGCAGCCCCCCGCGGUGAACGGCACCGGGGACGCCCCCCCAGCGCACCGGGCGAGGACCCCCCGAGCCCCCCAGCCGGGGACGGCCCACGGACAGCGGACCCCGGUCCCGCCCCGGACACCCCGAACCCCCCGAGCGCUGCCCCCGGCCCUCCCCGGCCCCCCGGAGCCCCCCGGGCCGGGCAGAAGCGGCGCAGCAGCGGCUCCGCGGGGCCGGUCCGGGGCCCGGUACCGAGCAAACGGGCGCGGCUGGAGGCGGAGGCGCCGCCGCUGCCCCCGGGACCGCCCGGGCGCUGCUCGGGGCCGCCCGCGGCCGCCCUCGGCUUCCUGGACACGCGGAAUUUAACGGGGAUCUCCCCCGGACACACGGAAUUUAACGGGGAUCCCCCCCCCGACACACAGAACCGGUUCGGGAAGGCUCCAGACACGCGGAACCGGUUCGGGAACCCCCCGGCACACGCGGAACUGGAACGGGGAUCCCUGUCGGUCACACAGAACCGGUUCGGGAACCUCCCGGACACACGGAAUUUAACGGGGAUCCCCCCCCGGACACAUGGAACCGGUUCGGGGAUCCCCCGGGACACGCGGAAUUUAACGGGGCUCCCCCGGACACGCGGAAUUUAA